UUCUCAACAAACAACGGCCAUGAGGUCAGAACUCAGAAGUACGUUUCGCUCGCUGCCUCGUUCAUGGCUUCUUCUCUCUUUUCGCGCUUCCCGCUCUCCCGCACCCUUCACUUCGCUUCUUCAAACCCCAAACCCAAUUCCAUUGUCCUCCAUCGCCACACGCAUCUCCUGCGCACCAGAACACUAACCUUCUUUGCUAAUUCUUCAUCACCACGUGAUAUCGAACCCUCUACAAACAGUGCUUCUUCUUCCUCUUCUUCAACUCUUCCUUCUUCCGAGAAAAGACCCUUUGCUGUGGCCACCGGCGAGCUUUUCUUGGGCCUUGCGUCACGGUUGUUUAUGAGACGGCGCAGAAGCCUCGUCAGAGAUUCGGGCACUGUGGCGAUGUUUGAGAAUUCAACGGAGAAAGGGAAAAUUAAUGGAGAGGAAAUCGGGGCCGUGAUGGAGGACGAGAUUCAGCCAGAUGUUGUGUGGGAACAGAGGGUUAAAGACGUCGAAGUCGAGCGAAACAGGCGCUUGAUCACGAGUCCUGGCUUCAGCUUCUCCGCUGCUGGACUUCUGUUCCCUUACUAUCUAGGGGUUGCCCAAUUUCUUAUCGAGAAUGGUUACAUAAAGGAAAGCACGCCUUUAGCUGGUGCUUCUGCGGGAGCUAUAGUCUGUGUCACUAUUGCUUCUGGAGCAAGUAUGAAAGAAGCCUUGAAAGCUACUAAAAUAUUGGCUGAGGAUUGUCGGAGACAGGGGACUGCAUUUAGGCUGGGGGCUGUUCUCCGUGAUGUUCUUAACAAGUUUCUGCCUGAAGAUGCUCAUGUUAGAUGCAAUGGAAGAGUUCGAGUUGCCGUGACACAGCUUCUUUGGAGACCAAGGGGUUUAUUGGUGGAUCAGUUUGAGUCCCGGGAAGAUCUUGUCAAUGCAGUUUUUACUUCUUCCUUUAUUCCAGGGUAUCUUGCACCAAGACCUGCUACAAUGUUUAGAAACCGACUAUGCAUGGAUGGUGGUUUGAUGUUGUUUAUGCCACCAACAUCUGCUGCACAAACGGUUCGCGUUUGUGCUUUCCCUGCAAGUCGACUGGGAUUAGAGGCAGUAGGGAUCAUUAGCCCUGACUGUAAUCCUGAAAAUGCGGCUAGUCCUCGACAGCUUUUCAAAUGGGCGCUUGAACCAGCGGAAGAUGACAUUAUCGACCGGCUCUUUGAACAUGGUUUGAAAGAUGCUACUGUCUGGGCAAUGGAAAACCCAGCUGAUAAAAUAGUUCAAGAAGACAGUCCUCUAAUUUGAAACAGCAAUUCAGCAUAGCUCAAUGUGGAUAUCCCAAGUUCUGUUUGGAGACUGGAGAUGGAUAAGGAAUGUACAAAUCCUUGUAUCCCACCAUGUCAUAGGUUAGGAAGAUGAGUGUUUUCCCUCCUUUGGCUAAUAUAAGAUGGGAGGAUAAAGUUAAUGACAAUGGAGUGCAUAAAUUUAUUUCUUUUUUAUUAUUGUAUGUGUUGUAAUUGAAUUUCUCAUCUUGACCAGAAGAGGAAAAGGAAAAAAGGAAUUUAAUACCACUAGGUAUAGUUUUGUGGUAAGGGAUGUGUGAAUAGUUGCAAGAGAUUUUAGGUUCAAAACUCUAUUCCAUCAUGUACCCAAAUAAACAAGUCACACUUGGCCAUGCAAUAAAAAGGCCAUGUCAUUUUUUUUUU